CCCCUUUCACCGUGAGCCUUGGAGGCCUUUUCGGCAGGUUUAUUUGUUUGCUGUGAGGAAAGUCCCCUGUGCUGAUGGGAAAUUGUAUCCAGCGGAGCCUGAGAGAGGCAGCAGCUUUCCUUACAAGGAGUUUGGCCGGGACUCAGCUGGCGAAAGUUGCAGGGAGCCUGAGCUCUCUUCCUCCCUGCCUCAUUCAUUCACGCGCGGGGCUGAGGUCUGGAGCCAGCAGCCGUGGGGACGGCGCAGACGCUGAGUUCCCAAUGAUUCACUCGGCUUAUCGGUGCCUGGUGGCUGGCUCGUUCCUCUGGAUUCGGUGUGUGGGUGCAGCUCUGGCCUUGCCUUGAGGAGGCGUGUGCGUGUGAGCGUGUGUGUAGGGGGCAAACCAUGGAUCUGUGGAUAUAAACAACAAAGCCUGCCCAGCAAACUCAUCCUCUCUGUGUCCCUCAUGAAAAUCCAGCUCUGAUUUCAAGGGUGGUCGGUUUCCUUGUGGUGCUCCCAUGCUUUCGCCUCGCUCUCUUUGAAAGGCAAGAGAAUGUCCUCGAUGUUUGGCAAGCCACGGGCCACCCCCAGCGCCACUGACCGUCACCUCCCCAGCCUGCUGCCUGAGUGCAACGUGGCGAUCUUAGGAUGCAGAGGAUCCGGCAAAUCAGCGCUGACUGUGAAGUUUCUAACCAAGAGGUUUAUAAGUGAAUAUGAUCCCAAUUUGGAGGACACCUACACGUCAGAAGAAACUGUGGACCAGCAGCCAGUGCUGAUGAAAGUGAUGGACACAGCUGACCAGGACGUACCGGUGAACUGCGAACGCUAUCUCAACUGGGCCAGUGCCUUCAUGGUCGUCUACAGCAUUGACAACAAAAGAAGCUUUGAAGGUUGCCAUCAAUACCUGGAUACCAUUUCCCUCCACGCAAAAGGCAUUCAGCACGAUUAUCCCAUCCUCCUGCUGGGAAAUAAGCUGGAUUUGGAGCAAUACAGACAGGUCACCAAAGCCGAAGGGGUGUCUCUAGCUGCCAAGCACGGGUGCUUGUUUUACGAGGUCUCUGCCUGCCUGGAGUUCAAGGCUGUGCAGCAUGUGUUCCAUGAAGCUGCGCGGGAAGUGAGGAGGGAGAUGGAGCGGAACCUGCCGGUCCGACCGCUGUUCAUCACAGAGGAGAGGCCCUUCCUACACCUUGCUGCCCCGACUGCCAUGGCCUCCAAGCACGGCCUGGCUAGCUGCACACUCAACACUCUCUCCACGGUCAACUACAAAGAGAUUCCCUCCGUGGCACAAGCCAAGCUGGUCACGGUAAAAUCGUCACGGGCUCAAAGCAAGAGGAAAGCUCCCACGUUGACCUUACUGAAGGGCUUUAAAAUAUUUUAAGCCUUGGCCCCUCCAAGGGAUGGGAAAGGAGCAGCCACUGGAUUUCCUGGCACCCCAAGGAACCUUCUCCAACUUCUGCAGUGGCAUAUUUGACAAUCUCCAUGGCAGCAGUGGCUUACAGACCAUCUUCCGUGAUUUACUGACAAUGCACUUGGCCUUAGAACUACAGCAAAGCACUUUGGUAGGGAUGCAGUGAACAGGCCCGGGAUUGAGUGCAGAAGAGUCUAAAACUUUGUCAUAACUUCCUUCUAAAUCACUGACUAUUUGUCCAAUCCCUGUAGCUCAGUAUUGACAUGAUAUUUGCACAUUAGUCCUAGCAUUUGCACUGGGUGUUUGUAGAGCUAUUUGUUAUAACAGAAGCAGGACAGAGAGAGGGAGAGAUGAAGCCUAUGUUAUACAUCAGCAGGAUGAGAGGCUGAAUGCCCUCGCCCUGUGCGUAGGGUAAAUAAACUUUACAUUGUUCUCCCAAGAGGCCAGAUCCUCUGCUUGUACAUGUGUAUCACCACUUCUUGAAAAAUCAGCUCCCACAAAUGCACACUAGCUGAUUAGACAAGAGAUGUGGCCCAUGUAAUAACUGAGUCCAGAGUAUCUAAAUGCCGUGAUCAUGGAGAGGGCACAAAUGUAAUGCUCAGUUUGGUACCCUGUAGUGGGAAUAUUUGGUGGUUGGAAUAUACAACUUCAUCAGAGCCAGGAUAGUUUAUGGAGACGUAUUGGUUUUCACAAAACUUUUGUCAGGAAGUUUUUAGACAGAGAGAGAGAAACCAGCUGAGUGGCUCAGGCAUUCAGCUGGCCUGUGGGAGAGCAGAUGAGGUGUCAGUACACUGUCCUGGGAUGAAGGAGGCCUGGGUUAAAGUUCCUGCUUCUGGCUGAUUCACAGCAGAGUUUUUCUCCCAGAUCACUUUGACUCCGGCAGGCCAGGGACAUGAACCCAGGUCUCUCACAUCCCAGGGGCCUCUCUCUCUCUCUCUGCACCCUCGAAAGUUACCACAACGUGGAAUUGAGGUACUCCGGACAAGCUGUAGUUGUCAGUGCUGAAGAUCUGCAGUGUGAACGCAUAAUGUCUGAUGAAUCUGGAUAGAAGGUAGUGAGAGAUACAUGUCGGAGAUAAGAUUGUUUGGGGUAUCUUGACUCUGAAUUUCCAUACGUUCCAACAUUAGGGGUUUUGGUU